AUGACCACACAAUCUAUGCCGGCAUACGGUAUUCAAUCUAAGGAUACACAAGGACCUUCCAGCAGCGAAGCGCAUGCCCUCAGUAGUCCGACAGCCGCAUGUCAGAGCUUUAUAGCGCCACUCGGCUCAUACCCACGCGUUCCUUCCUCUUCCGUUGGCAUUUUGCACGUCCUGGGUUAUACCCCCGCCGAAGGAGAACAGAACGUUCCCGUUGUCGUGAAUUUCAAUUGCUCUACUGAUCUCGCUGCCGGGUCCCACAUUCGUCUCGUUGUCGGUCGACGGGCUGUGGGUACCAAGGUCCGUGAGCUUGGGCCAACAGGCUAUGGGCAUUGGCAGCUCGAGGCAACCGUUCCUCUGUUCUCCCGGCAUAAUUCUACAUCACCAAAUCUGCCAUUGACAAUUCAGGCCUUAGCCGAUGAUAAGACGUUACUAGACUCUGUCACAUUCGGUGAAUUUACAUACCGGGAACCAGGACGUGAAAAAAAUCCGACCACUAUGAUGCGAAAGCACACACCUAGUCUCUCGUCAAAUAGUUCGGCCCUCACACGGACUGCACCUACAGAUGUUUCUUCACAUUCGGAAUCGUCAGAUAGACCAAGGAGACGGUCUAAGCCAUACAGCCGUCCUUCAACUCCAGCGUCGUGUUCGGAUUCAGAACCCGGCCAGUCACAGGCGCAGAAAACAUCAACGCGCCCUCAGCCACAAACACAGGGUCUUCGGCGCAUGAGGCAGGCAAUAGAUACCGCCGAAGACGGUGCCACUGCAAGCCUCGACAUCAUGGUUGUGCUUGACAGCUUCUGCUAUAACUGGGAUGAUUUGGAAAUGCAAGCUGGCAGGCGCCUUGUUCGCUUCUCACGCAUCAGAGACGGGAAUAAACUCCUCGUUUCGGCAGAGCGCAUCUUACCGGGCGACUAUGACGCGAAAGACAUUGUCAUCUCGUGCAUCUACCGCGAUGAGACUGACUCAUGUUGUGUUACGUCCGUUGACAUCAUCCACUUGCUCCAGAAGCUCGUCGCCGCAGAGUUUGUUGUUGAGGAGAAGAAUCGUAUUAGACGGAACCUCGAAGGCCUGCGGCCUACCACUGUCUCGAAGUCGCGUCCGGGCUUUGAAGGUUUAUUUCAGCGCAUUAUGGAUUUUCCAGAUCCGAAACCGCGCAAGAUUGAGAAAGAUCUCAAGGUCUUCGAUUGGAAGUUACUUCCCCAAGCAUUGGAUAAGAUUAUAUCCAAAUACUCCCUGAGCAACUUUGGGCCUAUUCCAACAAAGGAAAGCAGUCUGUCAGCUUCCUAUCAGAUGUCCGUACAGCGGACUAAUAUGCAGCCAAAACUGGAAUUCUGUCCAUCAGUUGGCGAUAGCGUUCAUUUGGAAGGGUCGCAAGGAUCCCAGUCUCAUCUCUCACAAUUUUCUCAAGCGUGUGUGCGCCAAUCGCCUCAGCUAGAGUCACCCAUUGAGGAUUCCCUGUUCUACCCUAUGCCGGAAGACCAUCUUCAGUCGGUGUACGUGGGCCCAGACGUUGUUCCCAGGUAUUAUCCAGGCCACGAACCUUACUUUGUCCCGAGCAUGGAUCCUUCGCACUAUCCCGUAGAUCCUUCGAUGGCACUUGCAAAUACCCCGUCACCUAUGUCACCGCUUAGCGCUUACCACCACAAUCCGACUUGGGACUUGCAAAGUCGGGACGAUGUCACCAUCCCCCCAGGUGUACCUGCCGACCAUCAGCAGCGUCCUGCCUUUGAUUUCAUUUCCUCCCACGAACCCCUCGACAUGUACUCCAUCCCCCAAUAUGCCAUGCACACCUACGACUCGUUUGAAUUCCAGACGCUACGCGAGCACAGCAUGAAUCCUUCCUUGGCUAGUCAGGUUGCAUGAUCAUUCAUUCCACUCAUCUGUGCUAUACGUUACCCUUGCGUCAUCGCGCAUGUGCUCUAUCCUAUCUUUAUUUCUAUCUUGCCACCUAUUGUAUCAUCACUCUUUUCGUAUCCGGAGAGCCACGUUUUGAUAUUCGUAUGGCCCAUUGUAAUUAGCGUUAUACCUCUCCUAGUCGUCCCUAUGUACU